UUGUUGCAGCCAGGCCCCACAGUCCCGCGCUCCUGUCCGACCAUUUUGAACGGUUUUAUAUAGUUGAAUUAAUUUUUGUGUAUUAAAUAUUAAAUCUGGUUAUUUUGUUGAUAAAUAGAGAUUAGCGAUGAAUCUCGAGCUGCUCGAGUCGUUUGGGCAGAACUAUCCAGAGGAGGCCGAUGGGACGCUGGACUGUAUCAGCAUGGCUCUGACCUGCACCUUUAACCGGUGGGGAACGCUGCUCGCCGUGGGCUGUAACGACGGCCGCAUCGUCAUAUGGGACUUUCUCACCCGCGGCAUCGCCAAAAUCAUCAGCGCCCACAUACACCCCGUCUGCUCGCUCUGUUGGAGCAGAGAUGGACAUAAGCUGGUGAGCGCAUCCACAGAUAACAUGGUCUCUCAGUGGGACGUGCUGACGGGAGACUGUGAUCAGAGAUUCCGCUUUCCUUCACCCAUCCUCAAACUGCAGUACCACCCACGAGACACAGAUAAAGUUCUGGUGUGUCCCAUGAAGUCGGCGCCGGUGCUGCUCACACUCUCAGACUCUAAACACGUGGUUCUGCCAGUGGACGACGACUCGGACCUGAACGUCGUGGCUUCGUUCGACCGGAGGGGGGAUUUUAUUUAUACAGGAAACGCCAAAGGCAAGAUUCUGGUGUUAAACACUAACACACAGGACUUGGUGGCUUCAUUCAGAGUCACGACUGGCACCAGCAACUCCACAGCCAUCAAAUCCAUCGAGUUUGCACGCAAGGGCAGCUGUUUUCUGAUUAAUACGGCUGAUCGGAUUAUCCGAGUGUAUGACGGCAGAGAGAUUCUUACCUGUGGGAAGGACGGCGAACCUGAACCCAUGCAGAAACUACAGGACCUUGUCAACAGGACUCCGUGGAAGCGCUGCUGUUUCUCAGGAGAUGGCGAGUACAUCGUAGCAGGUUCUGCUCGUCAGCAUGCUCUGUACAUCUGGGAGAAGAGUAUCGGGAACCUGGUGAAGAUCCUGCACGGUACACGAGGAGAGCUGCUGCUAGACGUAGCGUGGCACCCGGUGAGGCCGAUCAUCGCCUCCAUCUCCAGCGGAGUGGUUUCAAUCUGGGCUCAAAACCAAGUGGAGAACUGGAGCGCCUUUGCACCGGACUUUAAAGAGCUGGAUGAAAACGUAGAGUACGAGGAGAGAGAGUCCGAGUUUGACAUUGAGGAUGAGGACAGGAGUGAACCUGAACAAACAGGAGCAAAUGCUGCUGAGGAUGAGGAGGUGGAUGUGACCUCUGUUGACCCGAUACCAGCUUUCUGCAGCAGUGACGAGGAGUUAGAAGAUUUGAGGGCGUUGCUGUAUUUACCCAUCGCUCCGGAGGUGGAGGAUCCGGAGGAGAAUCCGUUUGGGCAACCACCUGACGGACAAGCCGCCGUCGCUGAGGAUGGCUCCGCCCACAACACCUCCGGAGACAAGAAGCAGAGACAGCCGUCCUCAGACGGAGCUCCCGCCAAAAAGAAAGCACGAACCACGACCAUCGAGCUUCAGGGCGUCCCCAGCGAUGAGGUGCACCCACUGCUGGGUGUGAAGGGAGACGGGAAGUCGAAGAAGAAGGCGGCGGGUCGGCCGAAGGGAGCGAAAGGUAAAGAGAAAGAUUCUGCGUUUAGGCCCAAACUGUUUGGAGAGAGAGAGCGAGACAGAGGGGCGGAGCUGGACGGGGCAGGACUGAAGGGAACCCUGGUCACAUCAGCACAUAAACCACAUGAUGUUCAGGGUCUGGAAUAAUGGACUGAUGCUGUAUUCUUACAGCGCCCCUAUCUGUGUGGAGACCAGACCCUCAUUAAAAGACUCCGUUUUGUGUUUUCUGCUGGAAAUCAGGAUUCACACUUGGCUCCUGCUGUUCCAGGAUCAGUGGGACCGAUGAGGUGUGUUUUAUCCCCCUAAAACACAGCAGAAUUUCUUGUGGAAGGACAAUGAGCGAGGCGGAUGGUUUGUUUGGACUGUUUUUGAUAGAUUUGUCUCUUUAUUUUACAGCACUAGCAGGUUAGUCGUGUUGGUUGUUUAAAUGCCCGGUGCAUGUUUACAUGUAUUUUAUAAACAGGCACCAGAAACCAGAUCAGCGUUUUUUCCCCUGAGUGACCAUUUCUGUACAUUAUGUAUAUCAGGCUUUAUUUCUUUUUUCUUGUUUAAUAAUCGUAAAUGUUCCCCACUUCUGGCUUGCAAGAAGAAACUUUUGAAUAAAUCUCUCUGGUUUUUUAUAUGUAAA